AUGGCAGCCAGCAAUACAAGGGAGAUGGAUGUUUGGGGCAUUGAAUUAGCCUAUAGAGUUUUGAAUGUCUCUAUUAUCCCAGGGGCUUUCCUCAUUCUCACAUGUCUUUAUUUCAUCCGAAACAUUUACUUCCAUCCUCUUAGCGAGCACCCCGGACCGAGACUCUGGGCGGCAACUCGACUGCCAUGGUGCUGGCACCAAUACCGAGGCAAUUUGAACCACCGCCUGCAAGAGCUCCACGAACAAUACGGGACGGCGGUGAGGGUAGCUCCUGACGAGAUCUCAUAUAUCUCAGCCACGGCUUGGAGGACGAUAUACGGACAGAGAUCCGUUGAGAUGCCUAAAGAUCCUAACUUCUCUCUUCUCACACCUUCAGGUGUGCAAAACAUCCUCACAGCAGACCGCAAAACACAUACGCGCCAGCGACGCCUGCUGUCGCAUGCCUUUUCGGAGAAGGCGUUGCGGGAACAGGAACCCAUCCUGCAGACCUACUGCACGAAGUUGUGUGCCCAGCUAGAAGAGCGCUGCAGCAGCGGCCCGGUCGACCUCUUUGACUGGUACACAUUUGCUACGUUUGACCUCGUUGGUGACCUUGCUUUUGGCCAGAGCUUCGGCUGUCUCGAGACGGGCGUGGCUUCGCCAUUCGUUGAGUCUAUCAAGACGGGCUCUCAGGAGCUAAUGGUGAAUCAAAUGCUGCGCUAUUACCAUAUAAUGUUUCUUCGUCCGCUAUUUGCUUUACUGGGACCAUCUAGCACGACAGGCUCGCGAGCGGCCAAUAUGCGCCGCGCUGCAGAAACAGUCCGUUGUCGUUUAGCUCGUGGUCCGACGGCAGACCGUAAGGAUUUUUGGCACCACGUCCUAACGCACAUCGCCGAGAACGAAGGCGGCAUUCGCGACGCCAAGACGACUAUGUCAGAAGCAGAAAUGUAUGCUAACGCCUUCUCCAUCAGCAUCGCUGGGUCCGAAGGCACAGCAACGACUCUAUCUGGUGCUACGUUCCUCCUAUUGCGACACCCAGACGCUCAUCGGAGGUUGGUCGACGAAAUACGCGGAAAUUUUGCUGCUGAGACGGACAUCACAGCAUCGAAUACGGCCGAAAAGCUCCCCUUCCUCAGUGCCGUUCUGAAUGAGUCGGUACGCCUAUACCCACCGGUCGCUAUCACGCUCCCACGCCGUGUACCCGCCAAUGGGGAGGUUAUUGACGGCCGAUUUGUGCCCGCUGGCUAUACCGUGGGUGUGAAUCACUUGGCAUGCUACCGCUCGGGCUCUAAUUUCGAAGACGCAGGCGCAUUUCGGCCUGAGCGGUGGCUCGAUGGAUGUGGUACCGAUUCCCACGAAUGCUUCAAGCCUUUUUCACAUGGCCCCCGUGCCUGUCUUGGGAAGAACUUGGCCUGGGCCGAGCUCAGGCUCAUUCUGGCACGCGUGCUGUGGAGGUUUGACAUGGAACUUGUUGAAACGAAUGAGAAUCUGAGCUGGCUAGAUAAUCAGAAAAUUUGGGGAUUUUGGGCGAAGCCUCCGCUUCUCUGUAGGCUCGUACCAGCUCGCAAAUAA